GCCUGGUUGCUAAGGGCGGGGCCGAGCGCGGCGCCUCACUCGAGGCGCCGGGCCUGCGUUAUUAGGCGGAAGUCUGCGCACCCGGCAUAGAGAAAGGAAGAGACCCGGAUGCCGAGAGUAUGGAGUUCCCUUUCGACGUGGACGUGCUCUUCGGCGAGCGGAUCACGACGGUGGAUCAGCGCUUGCAGCCGUCGGGCCGGAAGGGGUCCGGGCUGGCCCUGACCCACAGGGUUGAUAUGCAGCAGCAACUCACGAUGAUCAUAGAUGAGAUGGGCAAAGCCUCUGCCAAGGCCCAGAAUCUGCCAACUCCAAUCACCAGUGCCUCGCGGAUGCAAACCAACCGGCACGUGCUCUACAUCCUGAAAGACAGUGAAGCAAAAAGGACUGGGAAAGGGGUUAUAAUUGGCUUCCUCAAAGUUGGUUACAAAAAACUCUUUGUAUUGGACCGUCAAGGGGCUCACAAUGAAGUGGAACCGCUGUGUGUCCUGGACUUCUACAUUCAUGAAUCUCUCCAACGGCAUGGCUAUGGCAAGGAGCUCUUCCAUUACAUGUUACAGCGAGAACGAGUGGAGCCCUAUCAGCUGGCAGUGGACCGGCCAUCCGAAAAACUCCUGUGCUUCCUGCGUAAACACUAUAACCUCAGUGACACUAUCCCCCAGGUGAGCCAUCUUCUUCAAAACAAAGCCAGCUCUCAUCUGAUA